CACAAGAGGAAGUUGUUGUCAGUGUUGGUUGUGUUAGCGUUAGACGUGUAAGAAUGUGUGUUUGUAUUCAAUGUUUAAAGUCCGCAAACAUUUAAAAGUAACUCUGGAGGAGGCUAUCGCAUUGCUGGAGCUGUAUUUAGUUGUAAUGUUAAUUUCAUUUUCCUGGGCUAUUUAUUUUAUUUUCGUGUCGAAGCCACUAUUUGGGAAGAGCUACUUCUGGUCCAGUCGAUGACACGGACUGGACCGGAACAGGUUCCCGGGAGAUCUUGACGCCGUUUUAAAGCACUGAGAUGGAUUUUUCGAAGUUUCUCGAUGAUGAUUUUGACGUGAAGGACUGGGUGAAUGGAGCCUUUAAGGUGGUGCCGACGGACGCGCCGGGGAAGGCGGAUGCUCACGCGGCCACACUGGUGAUGAAGCUGCAGCUGUUCAUCCAGGAGGUCAACAAUGCCAUCGAGGAAACCAGUAAUCAAGCCCUUCAAAAUAUGCCCCGAGUGCUGCGAGACGUGGAGGCUCUGAAACAGGAGGCGUCCUUCCUAAAGGAGCAGAUGGUCCUCGUGAAGGAGGACAUAAAGAAGUUCGAGCAGGAUACUGCUCAGUCCAUGCAGGUUCUGGUGGAAAUCGAUCAGGUUAAGAGUCGGAUGCAGCAGGCUGUCGAGGCUCUGCAGGAGGCGGACAAAUGGAGCACACUGAGCGCAGACAUCGAGGAGACCUUCAAAACACAGGACCUCGCAGUUAUUUCUUUCAAGCUCACAAGCAUGCAGAACAGCCUGGCCAUGUUGGUGGACACGCCGGAUUAUUCUGAGAAGUGUGUCCACCUCGAGGCUUUGAAAAACAGACUGGAGGCAUUGGCCAGUCCUCAGAUAGUUGCAGCUUUUAACUCCAUGUCUAUAGACCAGGCCAAGCUGUUUGUUAAAGUAUUCACAGAGAUCGACAGAAUGCCACAGCUUCUUGCGUACUACUACAAAUGUCACAAGGGCCAGCUGGUGAGCAUAUGGCAGGAUCUCUCCCAAAGUGAGCUCGGUCUGAAUCAGCAGCUGUCUGAAUUCUACGACACCUUGCUGUCCACUUGGCAUGCUCAGAUCCAGUGGAGCAGCCAGGUGUUCAAAAACCCAUACGAAGUGGUGACGGUGCUGCUGAUCCAGACCCUGGGGGCCGUGGUUCCAUCGAUCCCUGUGUGCCUGAGCGCAGCCAUGGAGCGGGCGGCUCAGGAGGAGCGCCUGGAUACUCUGCUGGAGCUCCAUCACACCACAUCCACCUUUGGAUGCAGCCUGGAGGCCGCCAUGCUUCCACACCUGGGUGAGAAUAAUCUGCUGAAGGUAAACGAGCUGGUCUGUGCACUUUAUGACCCCUACAAAUCUUAUCAGCUGCAAUACGGCGAUCUGGAGGAAACUCAUCUUCUCAUUCAGAUGAGCGCUGUUCCUUUGGAGUACGGGGAGGUAAUUGACUGUGUAGAAGAGUUGAGCCACUCUGUGAGUAAGCUGUUUGGCCUGGCCAGUGCCGCUGUGGAGCGCUGUGUCAAACUGACUGAUGGACUCGCUGUGUGUGGCCUCCUCAAAGCUCUCAAAGCUCUGUUCAACAAGUAUGUGUCAGACUUCUCCACAACACUCCAGUCAAUCCGGAAGAAGUGUAAACUUGAAGAGAUUCCAAGUUCAUCCGUUUUUCAGGAGGACUGGACAGCAUUCCAGAAUUCAGUCAGGAUCAUCGCCACAUGUGGAGAACUGCUAAGACAGUGUGGGGCGUUUGAGAGGCAGCUGUCAAACAAGAUCCUGAGCACAGCUGGUAAGUACUUAUCAGAGUCUUACAGCCCUCGCAGCCUGGCAGGCAUCCAGGAGGCCAGCUCCACUGAGAGGAAGAAUAGCCCCCAAAACCCUUGGCAGGAAUACAACUACCUUCAGAAGGGGAAUGUGGCUGAAUACAACAACUUGAUGGAAGUCCUUUACUCCUUAAAGGAAAAGGGCGCAGGCAACUCCAGCUUGUUGGCUGAGCCCAGAUCAGCUCUGACCAGACUCAAUCAGCAGGCCAACCAGCUGGCCUUCGACUCCGUCUUCCUGCAGAUCAAACACCAGCUCUGCCUCGUCUCCAAGGUGGAGAGUCAAGAGGCUUCUGGUAUUGGAGAGAGCUACACAGAAGACCUGCCGACGUUCAGCCUGUCGCCGCAGGAAUACAUUACAAAUAUAGGACAGUACUUGAUGUCUCUGCCUCUUCACUUGGAGCCUUUUGUGACGCAGGAGGACCCUGCCUUAGAGAUGGCCUUACAUGCUGGGAAGCUGCCUUUUCCUCCAGAGCAAGGAGACGACCUUCCUGAGCUGGACAACACAGCCGACUACUGGCUGGGCUCCAUCGCCAGGGCAACCAUGCAGACCUACUGCGAUGUCAUUUUACUAAUCCCCCAGCUGACCCCCCGUUUUACUAAACAGCUGGCCACAGACAUAGAUUAUCUGAGCAACGUGAUGGAUGCUUUGGGCCUGCAGCCCUCACGCGCCCUCCAACAUAUCGUCACCUUGCUGAGGGCUAAACCUGAAGACUACAGACAGACCGCUAAACUGCUGCCCCGUCGCCUCGCCUCCACCAUCGCUGCACUCAGGAGCAUCGAUUACUAACACCAAGCGGGAUGGAGAAGGACUCUGUGGGUACAAUAGCUCCCUGAGUGGCAGCAGAGACUUCCUGUGUUGUAAGCAAACAGAAAAAUGUGACAUUAAUAGAAGCAAGUUGCAUGUUUCAUACUGUUAACAUGUUACAGUACAGAUGAUUCUUACUGAAGGUUUUAUGCACAGAUAAGUGUGGAGGUCGUUAAUGAUAACUCAAAUCUGGGUGGUUCUUUUCUUAUACAUUUUUCACUAAUGAUUCUGCUCGAAGUUUUAAUUUAAAAAUGUUGCGACGGUGAGGAUGCCUUCAGGUUUUUUCCCAGUUCCUGCAUUUAUAACCAGGCUGUUUCUGUGUAUGAUAAAUCUGUAUGAUCAAUAUAUCUGAUUCCUUUUUGUCAUGCUAAUAUAUUUAAUCUAUCCAAUGGGGAUGUUUCUUGUCUGAUCUGUGUUGGUUUUUAUUUAUUAGGCACCACAAUUGGGUAACUUGAAAAAAUAAAUGAGGAAAGGGUCUAACUGUGUUGUACUGGCUGAUAGACAUUUCUGUUUCCAUUUUGGAUUGUGGAUUCUUUUCUAUUAUAAAAUAUUGUAAAAACGUGUAUAUAAAGAUCUGAUA